GAAACCUUUCCACACAGAGAGUUGUGAAUCUGUGGAAUUAUCUGCCACAGCAGGCAAGUUAAUUCCCGGGAUGGUCGGACUGUCAGAUGCUGAGAGAAUGGGGCGGCUGGGCUUGAACACUCUGGAGUUUAGAAGGAUGAGAGGGAAUCUUAUUGAAACAUAUAAGAUAAUUAAGGGUUUGCACACGCUAGAGGCAGGAAACAUGUUCCCGACGUUGGGGAAAUCCAGAACCAGGGGCCACACAGUUUAAGAAUAAGGGGUCGGCCGUUUAGAACGGAGACGAGGAAACACUUUUUCACCCAGAGAGUUGUGAGUCUGUGGAGGCCGGUUCUCUGCAUACUUUCAAGGGAAAGUUAGAUAGGGCUCUUGAAGAUAACGGAGUCAGGGGAUAUGGGGAGAAGGCAGGUACGGGGUACUAAUUGGGGAUGAUCAGCCAUGAUCACAGUGUAUGGCGGAGCUAGUUCGAAGGGCCGAAUGGCCUCUACUCCUGCACCUGUUGUCUAUUGUCUAACUAGGAUUUAAUUUGGCUGAGUUUUAAGCAUGCUUAUACUGGGCCUAAGGGCCUGUGCCUGUAUUAAACUGUUCUAAGAUCUGUGUCAUCUUUUCUCUACAGGUACCUUAACCUAUCAAAAAGACUUUACAUCUGAAUGAUGAUAUUUACAGUCUUCUUGGCCAUUGCUGCCUUCGGAGUUAAGAACGGAUUUGGUUCUGAAGAUGUGUUGUUGGUCAGGUUGACCAAUGGGACAUCUCCAUGCUCGGGGGAGGGUGGAGAUCUUCCACAACCAGUCGUGGGGUACGGUGUGCGAUGACUACUGGGACCUUGCUGACGUGGUGGUCGUGUGCCGGCAGCUGGGCUGCGGCUUUGCCGAGCUCGCCCACGGCUCGGCAACCUUUGGGUCCGGCACGGACAACAUCUGGCUGGACGACGUCAGGUGCGAUGGCAUGGAGCAGAACCUCGGGGAAUGCACCUCCCAACACCUCGGCAAACACAACUGCCACCACCGGGAAGAUGCAGGAGCCGUCUGUAAUCGCGAUCAGCCUCCCAAGCCGACCCUGUCCCUCAGCAGAAGCGCGGACGUGUUGGUGAGGGGUGAGGAUAUUCUGAUCUACUGUGGAUCUCUGGGGUUCUACAACAACGCCGCAUUCUACCUGUACCGUGAGGGGCAGAGUAGUCCCAUCGCCUCCAGGACUCCCACAUCCAGAGGCAACUCGGCAGCCUUUCUCUUGACGAAUGUCAACGAGGGCCAGGAAGGGAACUACUCAUGUGGAUAUGACGUUGAAGAAUCUGGCAGAGUUUUCACCUCUGCUCGGAGUCAAUCUCUCACCAUUGUGGUGAAAGAUCAACUCAAGGGUCCAAAGAUUCGUGAUAAUGCCCGGGCCAGCAUUCUAGUCCGUGGCCAAUCGCUGGAGAUCACUUGCGAAGCUCCAAUCUUUCUCUCGGGCUGCCGUUUUCACCUCCACAAGAGAGGAGACGACAGUUUCAAGGCAUCCAUGGUGGCAACUGCUCGCUCCAACUCCGUCACGUUCCAAAUCUCUGAUAUAACAUCCCGGGAAGAAGGGAACUAUUCGUGUGACUACCAAGCAGAGAUAGCCGGAAAGUUUUUUAACUCAACUCCAAGCUUGGAUCUCAAGGUUGAAGUCAUUGGUGAGAUAUAG